GCGCCACGCACCAUGGUUGCGGUCCUCGCCGCGGCGCGGGCCGCGAUGGCCGCGCGCGCCGCCGCCGUCGCCGGCGGCAAGCGCGACGCCUCCAGCGAGGACAAGUCCGGCCUCGACGCCUCCGACGGCGGGUUCCUCCACAUGCGACGCGUGGGGCGCGUGAGGAGCAUCGCCACGUACCCGCUCAAGGGCGCGCGGGGCCAGAUGCUGGAUCGCGCAAAGGUGUCGCUCGGGUCCUCCACGCCGCGCGACAGGGAGUUCGCGCUGCUGAGGCACGAGAACAUCGAGCAGUUCUGGGCGAACGGCGACGGCGGCGACGACGACGAGGCGCGCGCCGGCAGGAUACUCGCCACGGGCGAAGGGAAGGACCCGGGCCAUCACAGCAACAAGCACCUGUUCCACCAGCUCAUCACGGAUCCGAGCAUGGUGCGGUACGCGGUAAAGAUGCUCGGCGACCGCGGCAUCGCGGUCGUCGACGCGGCGACGGGUCAGACGCUCGUCUCCGCCGAGGACGUUUCCGACGCGACGCAGCGAUCGGUCGUCGAGGCGUUCUUUGGUGAGGUUCUCGAGACGUCGUCGGCGGCGAAACCCCCGAGUUUGGUGCGCGCGCGCGGGCACUCGUUCGCCAACGUCGGGGGACGACCCAACGAGCACGUGCUUCACCUCAACGCCGCGCCCACCGUCGAGCGGUGCUGGCGGGAGCUCGUAGCAGCGGACGCGGAAAAUUCCGACGGGGGGAAAGCGCCGGAAUCGCUCGAAGCGUUCGCGUUGCGUUUUCGGCCCAACCUCGUCGUCGAGGACGCUGGGGACGGGAGCCUCAAGCCGUGGUCGGAGCUCGGAUGGUGCGGCAGGGACGUGCGCGUCGGCCCUGAGGUUGUGCUGCGCAUAAACGAGCCGACGAUACGAUGCCCGAGCACCAGGGUGCGUUACGACACAGCUGGCGACGAGGUGCUCGUGGACGAAGCUCAGCUCAAGAUGCCGGACGUGGCGCUGCAGCGCGCGUUUCCGAGCCUGAGCGCCGGGAUCUUCGGGAGGGAGACGACGCUGGCGGAGAAGGGGAGCUACCUGGGGCUCUACGCGACGGUGAUCCAGGGUGGGACGAUGUCUCCGGGGGACGACAUCGUGCUCAUCGGGUGACGGGGAGCGCGUCACCAUCGAAGGUACGUUUUUACGAGUGCGACGCGUGUAAAAGAUAGCGGCGUUUGACAAUGAGCGAGAAAGUUUGAGCG